UUUGUACACUCACGACUCUCUUUCGAAGUUCGGCAGCGCAGUUGCUUGCUCUGCCGGCUGCUCUGCCGGUUAAUACGGAAUUGCUUCUCAUUGAUGCUCUCAGUUGAUUUUCUGCGCUCAGUGGAGAAGUGCGCGCUUUUCUGCAGUUGUUCGUUACGUUUGGAAUUUUUCAAUGCUAUUGGACGACUGCUUGACCGGCCGGCUACGAAUUGGAAACAAAAAGUAAUGAGAUGAAUGUGUGAAGCAAAGAAACGAAAAAGUACGAGCCCGCCUAAUUUUUAAAAGCAAAUGAAACGGUACGCGAAACUCGCGUGUACAUUUUGUGCUUGUGUGUAUGUGCUCCCCGUUUACUUCGAGGUAGUUCUCUAUUGCAAUACGAAAAUUUUAGUCUAGGCGCACUUAAAAAGUCUCAAAAUCUUGAGUAAAAAUCGGGUUAAAGAUUCAAAGUAAUCGAAUCAAGAACAUAUACAUACGUAUGUAUGUAUGUACUUACGAAAUGGUAUAAAAGGGAAGAAGACUAGGAAUGGACAGACGGCGAUCAAAUCAAUAUACAUAAAGGAAAGUAAAGAAAAUCGAAUUGGACUAUCACAAAUAAAGCAAUGUUCGAAAAGUGUACGAAAGGGAAUGUUAUUACAUAUUUGCAGUGAAACAAACUUGUGUUUGAAUUGUUUUUGCGGGUGUGUAAAGGUUGUGUAUUUGUAUUUUUUUUUGUUGAACUCUUCCGCCAACAUAUAUAUACGGCACAAUACUUGCACGUGAAUAAUGAAUGCGAAAAAUUGUGCAAAGUAGAUUGUUACGAGUACUGCAAGUAAUUUGAAAAGGAUAUUUUGCUAGCAUCGCUGGGUGAUACGAGAAUUUUUGAAAUGUUCGAGCUGGAAGAUUAUUCGAGUGGUUACCACGAUGCUAUUCUCAACAAAUACGCGGAUACGUCGCGGCCUACAUUGGACCUAUACACAUCAGACUCGUUGCAAGAUAUGCUCGAUAUUGAUAUACGAAGCGAGAUCUCCAAUGUAGUUGGCGGUAGCAAUGAACUUGCUUCUAUGGUCAACGAUUUGCCGUCCUCUUAUGAUCACGCCAUUGACGCAAUUUCAUCCUUACACAGUAGUCAUGUUCUUAAUGGCGGUCUGAGUACAGGCUUUUCCUCUUGGCUAGGGAAUAGCUCAGGGCCAUCAUGGUCGUCGUCGAACGACUACUACGUUGAUGUAGGCGCUUGUGUGGAUCCCAUUUCAGUAAUGCCACUGAUAUCUUCGUCGUUGCUGCAUAGGUCGCCAAAAAUAAAUUUAAAUGCGAAUAGUUUACAAGGCUCUGUGUAUUCGCCGCCGCCCGCCUCGCCUAAUGUGAACGAAACUAAAUCUCAUUUAACAUUCUCUCCUGCCCAGUUAAAAGUUAGCGCCGGAGCGAUGCGCAACGAGCAGCUUUAUUCACACAUACCAAAGCAGAUAGUGGCGAUUUCCUCGACGGUGACAGCGGCCACUACAGCGCCGGCCACACUGGCGACGAACUCAGCACUGCAGCGUAAGAACUUAUUAACUGCGGUGGAGACAAUCAAAAAAGAUUUGGCUACAGAAAUGCGCAAAGUUACUGCAACUACUGAUGAAAUUAAAGUCAGUAGUACAAGUAAUAAUGCGAGGGGAACUGUUAGCAUUACCUCUAAUGGAAGUGCCCCUACUAGCAAUGUUAGUAAAGCGAAAAAUAAUAUCGGCAGUGGUUUGCUCAAUGCAAAUGGCAUGCUGAAUAGCACCACAACGAACACCAUCAAACUGGCGCCCGGUAUUGGUGGGCUAACAUUUGCCAACAGUAUCGCCUACAAUAAGCUGAAACAACAAUCUGCUGCAAAAUCUGCGCAUAACAGCCAAACUGCUACUACAAAUGGCACAAUUAUACUUAAGAGGGAACGUGACUCCAGUCCGUUGCAAAGUAUAAGUGUUGUGAAUGCAAACGGUAGCCUAGUUGCAGGCGCUCAGCAUGUUACAAAAUUAGUAAACCGAAGUGCGCAAAGUUCUAGUUUCACACCAAAGAGCAUAGCAUCGGUGCAUUCACCGCUUAUGCAGAAUGGCAGCAACGCAAUAGGUUCACCGUCAUCUUCCUCAUCCUCGUCGCACUCCUCACCAUCGACUAGUUCGACUAAUGGUAGUUUCAGUGCUGGCCUCAUACCAAUCAGUAUCAACAAUGGGUCCGCUAUUUCAUCACCAUCCUCUGCCAGCACCACUACUAUCACAACAAUUUCCGUUAAGCCUCUGCAACAACGAAUUAAAAUUGCACCUAUAGAAUCUGAGUUCCCGAAACCAGCAUAUUCGUAUUCAUGCCUAAUAGCAAUGGCAUUAAAGAACUCGCGCAGUGGGUCACUGCCUGUAUCUGAAAUAUAUAGCUUUAUGUGCGAGCAUUUCCCGUACUUCCAGACAGCGCCGAGUGGCUGGAAGAAUAGUGUACGUCAUAAUCUCUCGCUUAACAAGUGCUUUGAGAAGAUUGAAAAACCCGCGACAAACGGAAACCAACGUAAAGGCUGUCUCUGGGCCAUGAAUCCAGAACGCAUUGUAAAAAUGGAAGAAGAGGUGCAAAAAUGGUCGCGUAAAGAUCCGAUGGGUAUUCGAAAUGCUAUGGUACAUCCAGAACAUCUGGAUGCAUUAGAGCGAGGCGAAAUGAAACAUGGUAGCUCAGGUGACUCCGAUAUCGAAUUAGAUAGCCAAUCAGAAAUUGAGGAGACGUCCGAUUUGGAAGAGCAAGAGUUAGACGACACCAUUGUCGAUAAUAUGUUUGUUGAGGAGGACAUUGAAGAGGACGAAAUGCUUAGUAGUGGUAUUGUUAUGAGUAGUUCAGAUGCUAUCAGUGAGGCGGGAGAUGUGAAUGGCUGUGGUGCUGGCGACGAUGGUGGCGUGGAACAACACCGCGAUUUUGAUAUAGAGGUGAGUUUGGAGACACACAAAAUUGAAAGAAAGGAGAAGGUGGUGCAAAGAGUGCUUGAGCUAGAGUCGAAGGUUGAGGACAUUUAUGAUGCAAUCGAUAUUGAAGACGAUCCAAAUCAUUUAUCAGUAAAUCAACCCGAUAUAAUUGAACUAAGUCCUGCCGAUUUGAAUGCAGCUGUUCAAUCGCCGAAGCGCGCCCGCCUCAACAUAAACUAUUCGAUUGGACCUAUUGGAGAGUUGGAUAAACAAAUCCAACAGCAAAGGCCACAACAACCACAAAAGCAAAUCCACCAACAACAAAUUCAGCAUAGUAUAAAACAAUAUAAAGUGCAACCGCAGCAUAUAGUUGUACAAACAAUAACGAAUGGCAGCAACACAACCUCAAUCCAGGCGAUCAAUGCAGCGACAGGAAACACAAUCGGCACUGUAAGUGGGUCUUUCUCCACAGUGGGCUUAUCGCAUAUCAAUGGCACAAUGCCAAACAAUCGUCGCAAAAUACAAUUAGUUAAUCGUAUUGUUUAAAUUUUCAAGAAACAAACAAAAUCAAACAGAAAGCCAUUCGGCCAUUUGUUCCUAAAGAACAGAUGAUAGGUAGGAAGAAAAAAUGCUGUUCCCUUUAAAAUAAUGUACAGCAUGUGUGUGUUUACAUAAAUAGGUAAACAAUAUUUAACACAUUGUAUACGAUGUUAUUUGAAAAGUGUAACAAAAAACAUUAGCGAAGUUAUCUUCAAGGAUCAAAUAAUGUAUCAAAUCAAAUUCAAUCAUUUGUACGUGUUUUACGCUUGCACUAUAUUUUAACAAUCAGUUAAGCGUAAGCAUCUUAAUUAACUCCACUUUACAAAUGAUUUAGAAAUCUAGUUAUUUAAUAUUAUCUGAUUCGUUUUUAAAGUAAAUUUGUUUCAUUGACAAUAAUUACAAAAAAAAACAUUAAAAAUUAAAUUAAAUCAAAUGAGAAAUAGUAAAAGAUGUUAUGUGUUAAACACAUUUUUUUUUGGUAAAUUAAUGGGCUAAAGUAAUAACUUCAUCACUUUUUGAAAUUUAGAGAUAGGUGAAAUGAUAGUAAAUUGUAACUAGAUUCAGAUUUGAAUGCGUUUUCUUUUUUCACCUAAAAAGUACGUCUCAUCUAACAUAGUUGUUUAAAUAUUUAGUAUUUGAACAAUUAAUUUUUGAUGAUUCCUUGUUAUCAUAUAUCCUCCACAAAAAAGGAAAGCUCUCAACUUUCGGGAAUUUAAAAACCAUUUUUGCUUUGAAAACGAAUUCUCUAAUAUUGCUAACAGUAUGAAAAUUUUAACACGAACCGUUUGAUGUGUACAAAUACGCUUAAAAUGUGGCGUUCACAAUAAAUUUCUUACAAUAACUUUAUAUUGUGUGUAUAUGUUCAUAUUGAAUUCACAUUUUUAAGUUGCAAAGAAUUAUGAGUAAAAUAUCGCACCAGUUCUCGAAAAGUAUAUUGUAUUAACUGAAAGUCUCCGAGUCGUAAUAUAAGGUCAUACAUACAUACGUAGCUAUUAAUUUGCAGCCAAUUAUAUUAAAAUAUCACUUAUGCUUUUGCUGGAAAACAGUUAUGAAUAAUAUCAAUAAGAUGGAUUUAUUGUUAAUACAUUUUUGAUGGUCGUGCGCGAUAUGUCUGUCUGUAUAAAUUUAUAUUCGUAAUAUGUAAUAGUAAAUUAUGCUUAUUGCCGAUAUAUUUCACAUCAUUUCAUUUUUGUUUGUCCGAGCUCUGAUCACAUAUAUAUGGGAGCAUUUAUAAAAUGUCUACAAUCUUCAGUCAUCCGUUUCCGGGAAACAAUAGAACUGAUAUAAAAAAGAAAAAAACUUUAUUUGAUUCUUAAUUAAUCAUUCAUGUAUUUACAAAGCAAUAAAAAACGUAUUUUCCAUUUUUGUUUAUGGCUAUAGUUUUUCGCAAACCAGAAACACUUUUCACUAUUUGAACAAAAAAAAAAAAGAAUCUUACUUGGUACUGCGAUUCUAAUUUAUAAUAACCAAAUAAACUUUAGACUGACAAUAGGAUAUGCAUACUAACUACUAAUUUUGGGCACAAAAUCAAAUUUUAUAAACUUGACGAAUUAAAACGUUUGAUUUUUGUAAUACUAAUCUUUUUAUUUUCAUAACUUGAUCUCUUUGCUUCGUAAGCUCAUAUUAUAAAAUCUAUUUCGAUAAUUAUAGAAAUGCUAAUGAAUUAUAUUUAUCUUGAAACACUCUUGCUAUGAACACAAUCAAGGUGGUGCCCGACAAUGCGCAACUCGAAACUAAAUAUCGCAGCCAAGCUCUAGCACCUGAAUUCUGAUUUUUGUUUUUCUGUAAGUUCUAUUUUUUUGUAAUCUGUAAUGUAUAUAAAAAUGGGCUUUAUAUAUUUACAUGUGAAUUUUUUAUUUAGCAUUGUUGCUAAGUUAUAUGUUCAUAUAUGAUUUUCUAUGAUUUUUCGGGUUUCAUUCCUGGUUUUGAUUGUGUUCAAUUUGGUAAAAAUAUAAUACAAAAAUAAAAAUUAUGACUCAGCAUAAUUUCUGCAAUUAUCAUUUUUUUUGUACCUGUGUCGCUCAUACAUGCACAUUGAAUGAAAUAUAAACGAUUUUGUGGAAUUGUUUAAUACUUAACUGAUGAGUGAUUUGCUCGUUUUAAGUAAUUUAUAUUUUAAAUUUAAGGAGUUCCAGAGGUAGUUUGGAUUCAAGAAUAGUGCGCAAUGCAUUUGGUAGAUAUAAGUUUUUGGAUUUCCCACAGAAAAACGUUGCUUAGUAUAUACAUAUACAUAUAUGUAAUAAAUACACUCAUACAUGGUAUAAAAUUAAGUGUUGCAUUUCAAGUCAUUCCUCACUUAAUUAUCUUAUAUUAAUUCCAAAUAAAAAAACAAAUGUAAGUCAUAAAUAAAUCUUGCCAGCUCAGUAUUUAAGAUAUCUAACUAAAAACGAAAUUCCAGAAGAAUCGUUUCUAAUAGCGAUAACUCACUCCAUAGUAGGUUAUACGUUAUACAUUAUCUUAAUGCAGAAAGGCCGUGACUUGUUUUCUUUCAACAUCAAACUUUAUAAAAAAUCUACAUAGAUUACCACCCCAAAAAUUUUAAACCAUUACUACAAUAUUAAAUCGUUUAGUCAUAAAAAAUUUUCAACAGAAAUCUUAAAUUCUUAUUAAGUGAAAGGCCUUUCAAAAUGAAAGUACGUACGAGAUAAUAGCCUUAGACGGCAUGAAUGUAGAACUCAUUCAAACAGUCAAUUGAGAAAAAUCAGAAGAAUAGAUUAUAUAGAUACUAAAAAAAAUUACAAAUAUUGCUGUAAAUAGUAGUUCUAAGAAACUAUUCGCAAUAUCAUAUCUUUAUGGUAAUAAAUACUAACGACAACCGCACCAAGGCAUGAUAAUUAUAUAGCCUCCGCAUUUAUAAACGCAUUUACGGAAAUAUGAUUUCAUUCUUUUUUUUCAAAGCGUUGCCAGACGCUCAAAAACGAAAGCAGAAAAGUACAAGUAUAGAAUUUUUUGUUUUUAAACUUAUCUUCAUCAAACUUAAAAGAAAUAGUACAAACUUAAUUUACAUUAAAAGAUAUUAGUGCGCGGUUAAUUCAGCGACGAAAUGUGUUGUAGUUCACUGCUCUAUGUUACAUAUCGUUACCUUAAUUUACAAAGGCCCUAACCAAACUUUUUUUCGAAACUGCGGUUUUCAUAAAUUUUGGUGGGAUAUAUGAAAAUACACCUUCACUAAAAUUUGAAAGUGUUAGUACCAAAAACAAGGGAGUUAUGCCACUUUUUGAAAUACCCUAACCGUAUG